GGGGAUGCCCAGGGGGUGACAUGGGGACAGUGGCAUGCGAGUGGGACCGUGGAGCUGGCACGGCAGGCGUGGGAGCGGUGCCUGCUCUGGCUGGAUCGCUGUCGGGAGAAGUUUGGGGCAGUGAUCUGGGGGGGAGUUUGGGGUGAACCGGCCUCCUUGUGCUUAAAAGGGGACAAAUAUUUAGGAAAAGUGGGCAGGUGGAUUGUGUGGCAGCUCGACACUGCGGUGCUACAGAUCACGGUGAGCCCAGCUGUGACGGUCCUGAUGGUGAUGGUCCUGACCGUGGUGGUCUCAGCCAUUGGGGUCUUGACCACGGCGGUCCUGGUGGUCUCUUCCCCAAGGAAGCCAUGGGGAGCAGGUGGGCACCUGCUCUGGGCAACGCUGUUGGAUGUCCCCGUGUUUGUGCAGUCUGUCCCCUGCACUGCUGGCACCUAUAAGGGCUCACGCACAGCUCUGCUCCCUGUCUGGGCUGGUGGCAGCGGUGCUGGGGACCUUUGUCCCCCACUAAGCAUUCUGAGGACUUUGUUCCCACGCUGGCCUCGUUGCCCGUAGCCCUGGGGAUGGGCAGGAGCCAUGGGAGAAGGAUGAGGAUGGAGGGUCCCAGCUAUGCCUGCAACACUGAAAGUUUCUCAUGGCUGCAGGCGUACAGCCCUCAGAAAGGGAUCCAGGUUAUGCUUUCUGGGCCUGAUACCUUGCUCUGCUCUAUGAAACCUCAGUGGAGGGCGUGAAAUGUGUUCCCAAAAAAGCUCUUGCAUGUAUCCGACUGUUCCCUGUCCCCACUGUGCUGUCUGUCCUCUUCUGGUCCCAACCUGGGCACAGCCUCUCCCACUGCCCUAUUGAGGUGGUGGGAUUUCCCAAAGUAGGUCAGGUUAAUUUUUUAAUGCACGCUGAUUUGCUCGUUACCAUGGAUAUUGCUCAAUUAUACACCAAUAAUCCUCCCCAGAGAACUUAAUUGUUGCUGCUUUCCUUCCCCCCACUUUUUUCUUUCAAGAUUCCCAGGAAUGGGUCAGGAUGUGUCAAGGGGAUGGAGCGGGGAAGGGAGAGCAAAGAUGAAUAGGGGAAAUCUGGGUUAGGCUUUGGGGAAUGCUCAUCAGAGUCAGUGGAGGCUCAGUGUGUCCAUGGCUACGCUCUGCCCUGCCAGGACCUUGGGGACCCAACACCAGGGCCCCCCAGCAUCAACCCAUUUUUUAGGGUUGGCUCAGCCAAACACCAUGUUCCUGAGGCUCAAGGACUUGAGGAUCUCCAUGCAAAAGGAAAAUGAAAAAACAUCUCUCUUUUCCUCUAUCGAUCAAUUGCUCCCAGUUCAACUCAGCUUGGCUUUGUGAUUGCAGCAGGAGGCAAGAGAAAUAUUCCUCCAAAGGGUUUUUCUUUUUGUAAUGCAAACUUUAUUUUUUUGGUAGAAGUGGGUCACUCAAGGGGUGACAGAGUAAGAGCAUCAUCGCCUGGGUGACACAUCUUGUUGCCAUGGUGACCCGGGGGCUGCAUCAGUCAACAGCUUUAAACAUUUGACAGCUGAGUAAGACGGAAGAUUUUAAUGAGGACAGACACUUGCUCCCUUAGUUUCAAUAACUGAAUUCUCUAUAAAUACCCUCGGUCUGAAUGGCUGCAGGUCUGCAGUGUGCUGUGAGUAGUGUGGUUGGGCACUCCCCUUCCCCAUGUGUUCCAGGGUAGCGAGUGUGUGCCCACAUCCAAAACAGUGGAGGGAUGCAAAGCAGGUGGCUCUUUAUAAUUCUUUUCCUUUCCUGCUCAUGCUGGAACGAACAAGGUGGCACAAGUGCAGUUGGAGAGCACAGGGUUUGGGUUUCCAAGGCACGUGCUGGACCACGUGUCCUUGACACUGGUACCAUGGCUGUGGGGUGGGAUGGGGCCACCCCCACCACUGCCUGCAACAAACUGAACCUGAGGAGCAAAGGCUGCUUGCUGUGAGCAGAUGGACUCCUGUGCUGUGCUCUUGCUUGCGAGAGGUGAGCCAUAAGCAAGCUCCCAAGGCUCAGCUGCAAUCUGGAGAAAAUGUGGGGCUUGGUUAAAGCAAAGCAAGGCACUGCUGGAGUGGAGACUUCAAUCAGGCAUGGAUAUUGAGAAAAAUUUGUUCUCAUCCCUUGCAAUGCCACCACCACGCCAGGUGUCCCCAGUGCCUGCUGUGCUCCAUUCCAGGCUCUAUGCCGGGCAGUGGUGUGGCAGGGAUGGGAGCUUCCCAUUUGCUGCCCCGCUGGCAGCCAGGCACAGUGUGAGCCCCUCCAGUGCCAAGGGCAUGCUGCUCGGGUCUUGUGACUGCACUGGUGUCACUGUGAUGUCCACACCUCCAAGCACAGCCCUCUGUCACAUGUAACACUGUGGAAAAUCCUCAGGCUGACCCCUGUGGAAUGGCAAGCUUGGGACCUGACUCUGCCCUUUGGGUUUUAGACCCGCAGCCGUCAUCCUGGAUGCUGUAUCAGAGAACAGGGCUGGGCUCCAGCUCUCCCUGUCCCUCUGGGGUGGGCUGUGGGGUUGACUGCGGCCAGGGCCACCCUGUGAGUGCUCUGUGCUGAGCCCUGUGCUGAGCCCUGCCGUCACCUUUUGUCUGUUUACAAGGUGCUGGCAGCUUCCUCCCCACGUUGCUGUGCUCCCACGCAUGGAUUUAGCCAGCUCUUCCCAAACCAAAUGGUUGUGUGCAUCCCAAUGCAGAGCGCUCCAGCACUUGUGGUCGCUCUGUAGUGCCUCAGAUCCCCCUUUAUGGCAACGUCCCCACGUUUUGCCAUCCCUCUUUUAACCCUAGCUGCUCUUCUCCUUUCCAGGUAUCUUUUAAAAAUGGUCAAGGGGAACAUUGUAGUCCCUGAAGACAUCCUGAGUUUCUGUUGCAAUGGCCUCCAGGGCUCGACCUCACCGCCGUGCACCCAGGACACAGGGGAGCAGCAGGAGGAGGCUGCGGGGGCCAUGGGUGGCCAUAACCCCACCGAGGUGCAGAUGAGCCAACUGGUGCUGCCCUGCCACAGCAACCAGCAUGGGGAGCUCAGCGCCGGGCAGCUGCUCAAGUGGAUCGACACGGCUGCUUGCCUCUCGGCUGAAAGACAUGCUGGCUGCCCGUGCGUCACUGCCUCGAUGGAUGACAUCUAUUUUGAGCACACCAUUAGCGUUGGGCAAGUCGUUAACAUCAAAGCCAAAGUGAACCGAGCCUUCAACUCCAGCAUGGAGGUUGGCAUCCAGGUGAGCUACGAGGACCUGUGCAGCGGGAAGCACUGCAGCAUCUGCAAGGCUUAUGCCACCUUCGUGGCACAGGGUCCCCUAGGCACCAAGGUGAAGCUGAGGCCGCUGACCCCGCAGACAGAGGAGGAGAAGAUUGAGCACAGCAUUGCAGCCGAGCGCCGUCGGAUGCGGCUGGUGCACAAGGACACCCUCAAGGAUCUCCUCACCCGCAGCACCAGUAACACCGAGAUGGAGACGAGGGAUGGCAGCGUGGUGGUGCCGGCUGAGAAGACGCGAGUGGAGAGCGUGGAGCUGGUGCUGCCGCCGCACGCCAACCACCAGGGCAACACCUUUGGUGGGCAGAUCAUGGCCUGGAUGGAGAAUGUGGCCACCAUCGCAGCCAGCCGGCUGUGCCAUGCCCACCCCACGCUGCGUGCCAUCGAGAUGUUCCACUUCCGCGGGCCGUCGCAGGUCGGGGACCGCCUGGUGCUCAAGGCCAUUGUCAACAAUGCCUUCAAGAACAGCAUGGAGGUGGGGGUCUGCACCGAGGCCUAUGACCAGGAGAUGUCUGUCAGCCGGAGGCACAUCAACAGUGCCUUCAUGACCUUCGUGGUGCUGGAUGAGGAGGGCCGGCCCCGCACGCUGCCCAUGGUCAUGCCCCAGCCAGGGGAUGGAGAAAGGCGGUACAGAGAAGCCAGUGCUAGGAAGAAGAUUCGGCUGGACCGGAAAUACGUUGUCUCCUGUAAGCAGACGGAGGUUCCGCUGUCUGUGCCCUGGGACCAAAGCAAUAAGGUGUACCUGAGCUACAACAACGUCUCUGCGCUGAAGACACUUGUAGCCAAAGCCAACUGGGUGCUGGCCAGGGAGAAGGAGAAGGUGCAGAUCUACACGCUAGAGGAGGACAAGUUCCUCUCUUUCCGCAUUGAGAUGUCGGUGCACAUCUCAGCCAGCCAGGCCUUCUCCCUGCUCUCCGACCUGCAGCGCCGGCACGAGUGGGACAGCCAUUAUGAGAGUGCCGAGCUGGUGCAGCAGGUGGAUGAGGAUGAUGCCAUCUACCACGUGCUGAGCCAGACACUCAGCUGUGAGAACAAGCCGCAGGACUUUGUCAUCCUGGCCUCCCGGCGGAAACCCUGCAGCAGAGGGGACCCCUACGUGGUGGCCUUUCGGUCGGUGACGCUGCCCACGCACCCUGCCAGCACCAACUACACACGGGGUGAGACGCUCUGCUCCGGCUUCUGUGUGUGGCCGGAGUCAGAGGAGAUGAGCAAGGUGGCUUACUACAACCAGGCGACGCCCGGGUACCUCAACUACGUCACCACCAAUGUGGUGGGGCUGUCCUCCAACUUCUGUGCCACCUUCGAGGCCUGUGAGAAGUUCCUGUUGAAGAACAAGGAUGACCUGAUCGCACGGCUGCAGGAGCUCUAGGCCUGGGGCUUUGCUGUUAUCCGUGGACAGACGUGGGCUGGCAAAGAGGGGCGUGGGGACAGGUGGUGGCACACAGACCGUGCCUCACUGGGGCUUUGGCCUGAGCAAGGUCAGUGAGAUGGGGACGGAGGGGUGUCACAGGGAUGCACCACCCUCACACUGAUACUUCCAGUCCUCUUUUUUUUUUUUUCCUAAUUUUAUAAGCUGCUGAGUAGGACUUGAAUUUUAGUUCAACUAAUGCUACUUGAAUCUUUGUACGAUCCCAACUCUUUCUAAUACUGAUUUUUUUAAUUGUUUCUUAAUGAGAGAAACUUUUUUGUAGUGGUGUGGAUAGGGACCGUGCUGGGGGAUGUGCUGCUCCACUGCCCCAGGCUGCAGGGCAGGGCUGGGGCACAGCCACGCUGCCCCUCGGCUCUGACCCAGAGCAGGGGGAGAUGCACCUACUGGGUGGGAAAUGGGCUGUUUGUGCACCCACAGCGGGGCUGUCAGGUUUUCUCUCUUCCUGCAAGAAGGUUGUCUGCCACCAUGUCCCUGCCUCACACUCACUAAUUUGGGUUUCCAACCCAAGUUGCUGAUGGGAUGCCCACGCUGGGCUGAAAUUCCAAUCCCAUCACACUGCCCUGCAGUCCUCCUGCUGACUACAGCUCUGUGUGAAAGGAGUGGCAAUAAAAGUGCAUCAAAAGGAAAAACCUUUACCUGCCUGAGGGUCUGCUUUGGGGGCUGUGGUGCUGCUGCCCUGGCAGUUAGAUCUGUGCCAUAUCUUGGAUUAUGGUCAUCCCCUGUGAGCUCUACCUCCCCUGCCCUCUUAUCACCACCAGAUAAAGCUGUUUCAAGCUGACCAUAGUACAAAACACUCAAUUUUUACAGUGACUCCUUAUCUCCCAAAACUCAAGGCAAUCCUGCCUCUUUAUCACCAGGACGUGAGCCGUCCUUUCCACUUAUCUGCAGGAAUGGCUGCUACUUGAUUAAGUGCACACAGUGAUAGAUUCACCCCAAUGUUGAACUUUGGCUGACCUCUCUCCUUCCCAAAGCACUGUACUUUGUAAUGCUUGGGGUGGGGGUUUUGGGGUGCAGGAGGAGAGCCAGAGCAGGAUUCCCCAGAGAGGUCCCCACCUGGGUGACUGCAGGAAUGGUGAUUUUUAGCCAUGAUGUUGCAGCUGAAUUGAGCUCCCCGGACUGGAGCAGUAACUCCAGUUCAGCACCGAGCUGGAGGGUGGCUUGGCUGACACAGAAGGACCCAGCCCCAGCCAGGACAUGGUGCUGAGAAUGCAGAGCCUUCCAACGCUGUCAACUGCUGCAGCUGGUCUUCCUGCCCAUCUCCUGGGGAAUGCAGAUGUGUGACCUCUGUGGCUGCUAGAUCCCUGCACACCUCUUGGCCUGGGAGGGGCUCUCCCCCACAGGGUUGAUGAUGGGUAGUUGCCUCUCACUUGUGCCUGACUGCACUCACCACGUUCCACCCCUGAGCUGUUCAGCAAAGAGGAAAUUGCGCAAGUAGAAUCACAGAGUCUUUAAAGACCAUCUGGUCCCACUCCCUGCAAUGAACUGAGACACCCACAGCUCCAUCAAGUGCUGAGAGCCCCAUCCAGCCUGACCUUGGAUGCCCUUGGGAUGGGGCAUCUCCCCAGUUUUAGUUUGAAACCAUUUCCCCUUGUCCUACCACAACAGGCCCUGCUAAAGAGUGUCUCCUUCUGUUUUACAGCUUCCCCAUAGAUACUCACAGGCUGCUCUCAGGUUUUCCUGUAGCCUUCUCUUCUCCAGGCUGCACAGCCCCAGCUCUCAGCCUGUCCUCAUAGGAGAGGCAUUCCAUCCCUCGGAUCAUUUUUGCAUCCCUUUUCUGGAUGCACUCAAACAGGUCCAUGUCUCCCCUGCACUGAGGACUCCAUAUCUGGAUGCAGUACUCCAGCUGAGGUCUCAGAAGGGCAGAGCAGAGGAGUGGGAUCACUCCCCUGACCUGCUGGCCAUACUGCUCUGGAUGCAGCCCAGGAUACAGACAGCAUAUUACAGCAGGGGCUGCCUCGCAGCCAAAGCCAACUGGCUGCAGCCCCAACCUCUUCCUCCACUGAGUCCCACUUCAUUCUGCUCUGCUGGGGCUGGCUUGCAAACAGUGCUGAGGUCCACACGUGGCUUUGGUUAAAACCAAGCAGUUAGCAUCCAGACUUCAGAAAACUUUGCAUGUAAGAGGAGUGGGGGAGAAACCACACGCAGCAGCUGCUUACAGCAGGCACUCUUCCCCUUGUAGAUCAUUAUCUUUUUUUCAUUGCUGCCUCCAUGCUGAACAUGCAGUGAUUCAGACAGGCCAUCUCCAAUACCAUUACAGCCAUGCUCUGCACGGAAGGCAGCUGCAGGAGGUCAGGCUGGGUGCAAAUCCUGCAGGUGGCCACAUGCCUCCCACCCUGCAUGCAGGUAGCUGUGCCAUCAGCUCAUCCCGUAUCCUUGCUCUGCAACACUGCUGCAUGACCUGCACUGGGCCGAGCCUGUCCUACCUGACUGCCCACCUCUCCGCCUUGUGAGCAUGGCUGCAAAGCAACCCUGUUGAUAUUUUUUACUAUAUUUGUGCACAGUGCAGUAACUCAGAAAUAGCAACGUGGAAUUCUGUUUACUUUCUCAGAGCUGUGUGAAUGCAGCACUGGACAAAGAAUAAUCCUCCAGGCUGUAAGAAGUUUUUAUGGCUUUUUGUUGCCCUGUGCACUUAAUUUUCUUAAAACUGCAGCCACUGCUCACCAGGGCAGCUCUGGGAGAAAGAAAUUAGAGUUAGAAUUAUUUUUAAUUACAAGCUCAUACAGAAGCACAGAUGAUCCUGUUGGCACUACAAAUUAACCGGAGGGAUAAAACUGUUAUGUUUGGGCUCAGAAUUACUGUCAGAAUUCACUUUCAGUAUUUCAUAUGGUGAGGAAAAAAAGAUCACCUCAUUUAUUAGACAGGAAUCGGCCUACUUAAAAUAGACAUGUCUAGCUCCUGUUUAUAUAGGUAGCAAAAGAGUCAGUAAAACGCUGCUCCAGACAAAGAGCUCUGCUCUCCCCUGGCCAGGAGCAGCUCUGGGCAGUGAAAACCAGCUGCUGCUAAUCCUCAGAGCUGCAAUGGCCCAUGCAGGAGCCCAGCUGCACUCAGCUCGUGGCAGCAGGCAGGUAACUCACCCCAGAGCACUGCUAUUAAACCCUGGCAACUACAGCCCACCUCGCAGGAAGUCAGCGAUUUUUCACAGGUAAGUACAUUCCCAGCUGCUGUUGCUUCAGCUGCAGCCAAUGUUUGGCACUGUUUCAGGUUUAUUUCAAAGCCCCAUGCAGCCUGUCAUAGAGGAGACCUUCUGCAAGCCAGCUGGAUUUCUAUUUAAACAAAUAAUCCCCUCUUGUAAGCCUUUCAUUCUCCUUCUAUGCUUCUUUGCUGGAAGUUUCUGUGUGUGCCAAGACUAUUUCUCCCCUGAAGUGUGCAAGGCAUUUCUGUACGAGCAGAAGUUUGCUGUCUGUAGCCGAGAUAAACAGCAAUCCCUUGCACAUGAUUCCUCGGUUCCUUCUUGCUCAUUACAGCUGAUGCACCUUCUUGCCACUGAAAUACUUCUUAGAGAAGGGAGAACUCUUCACAAAAGCCAGCAC